AUGGGCUCUCUGAUGGGGAAAUCAGCAGAAGUGGUAGAAGUGAUGAAGAGAAGACGCAUAAACAUCAUGUGCCUCCAAGAGACAAGAUGGACGGGAGAACGAGCUCGAGGCCUGGUUUUAGGGUACAAGGUGUGGUACGUUGGACAAGAAACGAGCCACACGACUAGGAAUGGUGGAACUCAUAAUGGAGUUGGUGUGAUUCUCGAUGAGAGGUUGUCAAAAGAGGUAAUUGAGGUCUAUCGGAAGAUUGAUAGGUUGAUAAGGGUAAAGUUGCUAUGUGGCAAGGAGAUUGUGAAUGUUAUUAGUGCCUAUGCCCCCCAAGUUGGUUUAGAUGCAGAAGAGAAACGACAAUUUUGGGAGGAUUUAGAUGAGGUGGUAUAG